UCAUUGGGGUGCGAGCAUGGCGAAUUCGGCCAUGAGGGGGAGGUGGUCGGAUGGGAAGAGGGCAGAGGGGAGGGCCGUGUGCUGGCUGCACACAAUAACACACACACACACACACGCACACAGACAGACAGACAGUGGAUAGAUGGACCAGCUCUAUUUGUCGGACAUUGUGUGUGCAUCCGUGUGUGUGUAUCUGUGUGCGGCGUGGGGUGCUCACCUGAGUGCGUCCUCCUGUGGCAAUUUGAUGGCCUCGACGGCCACGAGGUCGGGCCCCUCGAAGAACAGAUAGUCGAGACACCCUGAAUGAAGACCAUGCACAUUUGUUACACACGUGUCAAGCUUGACACCCUCCGGUGGGGCCACCGGUGCAUAUCGCUUACCUUUGAAUGCCACCGUGUAAUUGGUGAACUGAGGCUCUUGGCCGAACACCUCUCUGUAAGCACUCCGAUAGGGCUGCACUUGCAACGAAGGCACCGCCUGCAUCGGGAUCUUGUGCCGACGGGUCACCUGGUUGACCAACACAACACAUACAGCAGAGAAAGGCUCCGUCUGCUGCUGCUGCUGCAUGAACCAGCCGAGUGACUCAAGUGGCUUACUCACCGGAUGGUCGGGAUGGUCCGCCCCCACCGUCCCCUGUGUCAGCAGCUGGUACACACCACUGUACAGCCGACCAACAUCCUCCGCACUCUCGCUCUCCACAGCAACACCAUCACCAUCACCAUCAGUCCGCCCUUUGUCUCCCUGCUGCUCGGUCGGCUCACUGCUGCCGGCGAUUUCAGCUGGCGGGUCGGCGGCAGACCGUGUGGUGCGCAUGGAGAAGCCCUGCACGUGGAAGGGCGAAGGGGGCGUGGGGCUGCCCGGCCGGGCCACAGCCACAGACGGAGGGCUCGAUGAGGGGGGAUGGGUCUCGGGGACCUGUUAGUGGACAAAACGUAGAUAGCUUCACACGGCAUGUGUGUGUGCGUGUGUGCGGGAGGAGCUUACGGGAGGGUGUCUGAGCGACUGGUUGAGCGUGCGUGAUCCGCUCUUGGCGGGCGCCUGAUACCGGGCGGCGAGAGAGGGCAGCUCGGGGUCAUACCGAUCGGCGUGAACCUGAUUGACGCACACACACACACACAGCAAUGGGGCAGGGUGCCGCUGAAUGCCUGUCUGUCGGUCGGUCUGUGUGUGUGUGUGUCGAUUUGCCUUGUAUGGGACCGAGUUGAAGUCGCCCGCCAGGAUGCAACCGCCCUGCGGCUGCUUCUCGGGACUGCUCUUGGCGAACUCCUCGCAAUACGCCGACACCUCCUGGUGGCUCGCACACACACGUUUGUCUGCCGGUGUGUCUGUCUGCCGGUGGUGUGAAUUCGACCCAUCUCCUACCUUUGCCAGGAUGUAGGCCUGUAGGAGCUUGAUGUCGGGGAAGAGAGGGUCCCAGAAGAGAUGGGUCGACACCACGUGCACCACUGGACCGCUCUGAGUGAUUUGAUUCGACGCCCACAGAGAAAAAGACAGGGGCAGCAUUCACUCACUUCCAGCCAUAUAUCCGUUUGUGUGCGUGUAUGUGUCUCACGGGCAUGAGUGAGAAGGAUGCGAUGACGGCCAUGUUGAGCUUCUCCUUCAGCUCACGCCACAGAGCCCACUGCACCUGGCAACACACAAUGGAGUCACAACCACAUGGAGGAAUUGAUGGAUGGAUGGAUGGAUGUGCUUGCCUUACAUCUGUGCCGGUCAUGUGCAUGUGUUGGCUGAACCACUUGUCCAGCAGCGAAUUGAACCGAAACGUCUGUGUCGACAACAGCCGGAAUACCUCGGGCCUGCACAACCGCCCCAACACACACACACACACACACACGCACACACACACACGCACACACACACACACACACAUGAUGACACCGACGGACACACACAGAAAGAAGGAACGUACCUGUAGAAGAUUGCGCACCCGUCCCCGCUCGGCAGCGUCGAGUUGAACAUGUGCACCGCCUUACGGUAUCCCCCCGCACCCAGAGAGGUCGACAGCUGGUCCAGUGACACCUGCUCAGCCUUCCAGACAGCCGACACACACAUCACACACGCGCACACCUCUGCGUGUCUGUCUGCCUGUGUGUGACGGACCUCCUGCAGGCAGAGUAUGUCGGGGUCAUGGUGCAGCAGCUCCUUCUCUAUCCUGGACAUCCGCACCGGAAACUUGAGGACACUCGGGGCGCAAUAAAAGUACUUGGACGACCGCAGAGCGUCCAGCUGCACCGACCGAUGAGAGAGUGAGAAAUGACAGGCACAUCACAUGCCGACCCUCGCUGCGCUGUGUGUGUGCCAUGUCAUUGCGGGUGGCUGACCCGCCUCACCCUGUGCAUGAUGUUGUAGGUGAGGACCCUGAACGUGCGGACCGUCCCAGCAGACAUCAGACAGACAAGCACAUCCUCACCGCCCUCCCUCGCCCCGCUCCAUCCGGUCGCUAUGCAGCGAUGAAUCAAUCAAUCGACUAGGCGCGCUGAAUGCAUUGCAGCCCUGUCACAAACACCCCCGAGGGUCAGGCGUAUCUGAGCGUUUCGUGUGACUGUCUUCUCUGCUCACUCACCUCGGCGUCGUUUUUGAUUGACUCGGAAGCCAAACCGACAGACAGACAGCUGACUGAUUCUUGCAAGAUCUACG